GUUGACUGUGAAAUUUAAUAAUUAUUAUGUCAUUCAUCUGUAUAUUUUUUCUAUAUUUAAUGUUUUAUUCAUCAAUACUGUAGUAUUUACAGGUAUCCUCAUGCGAUUUUAUAAUUUUUGAAUAACCAAAAAUAUGUUAGAAAAAAAAUCUAGUACUGAUAAUAAUCAAUUAUCCAAAGAAGAUUAUUUAAUUAUGCGAGCAAAAGAGGCAUUGCCACUUGAUAUUUAUGCAGCUAAAUCCUGGUUAAUUACUGCUAGAUCGUUGUUUCCUCAUAGUGCUAAAGUACAGUUUGAAGCUUAUCGGAUUGAAAAAUUAUCAAAAAAUGUGAAGGAAGCAGCAAAAUGUUUUAGUGAGAUAUUUCAGAAUUUUCCAGAUGAUCGAGAUAUAUGGAAGGAAAUAGAAACAGUAACAGCUUGCCUUCGUUUAGAACAAUGUGAUGCUGAAGCAGAAUUUUUAUGUCAAAUGUUUCAACAUAUACCUCAAGAACUUCAACAUAGAUUACUUAUCAUGACAGCUGAUCAUAGUGAAGAUACAAUGGAACAUUGUAAAUUAUUACUUCUUUUAUUACGUAAAUUUCCUCAAACUAUUGCUACUCAUGGACCACGUUUAGUAGAAACUCUUCUUACUGCAGAAAAACAUAGUCAUCCAGGACGUGCAGUAAAUGGUUUCAGAAAAUUAUUAGCUUGUGAUGCAUUACCACUUCUUGGUACUGCACCAGUAGAACUAAAUGCAAGACUUAGCUUGAGGUUACUUAAUAAGGCAGUAGAAUUUUAUUUGGCAUAUAUACAACAACCACAAGAUAAUCAAAUUCAACAUCCCUGGGAUAGAUUGUUUCAAGUUGUUGAAUUAAUUGGGAAAAAAUUAGGAUGGGAAUUAAGUAGUUUAUUUUCUAUGACUUGGAAUAGAGAUGCAUAUUGUGAAAAAUUACAUCAAUAUGCAGUUGCUCAUUCUGCUAGUUUAUGUGAAGAAUUGGUAGUUAGACAAUUAUUAAUGUGUACUGUUGCAGUAUUAUUAAGAAUAUUAAAUGAACACAAUGUCUUAAUUAGUAAUGAUGAAACAACAUAUUGUUUGAUAGAAGCAUUUGGAGAAUGUGUGCAUUCUCCUACAGAACCAAAACUAAAAAAACGGAAAAGAGAAGAUAAUGGAGGAAUUAUAAUAACUAGUGAUGGUGAUUAUAGCGGUAAUGGUUUAGCUUUAACUGUAAAGUUAUGGGAUUUGUUACAUAGCAGUGAUUAUUUGCAAAGAGAAAUAGGAAAAUUAAAUCAACAACUUCGAUUAGAUUCGUGGUUAAAUUCAUUUUUAACAGAUUUAGCUAUGUAUAAAGGUUUACAUCAUGAAGUAUUAGCAAGAUUAUCUCAAGAAGCAGGUAAUUUGUCUGCUCAUCUUCGUUUAGCAAGUACAUGUUUUUUCUUGAAAGAUUACAAGGGAAUGUUAGAAUAUAUAGUUUUGGUAAUUACUACUUUACCUUCAAUUUGCGGUAAAGUAUCUCAUAAUUUAACUGUUCCAUGUGGAAGACAUUUACAUUAUUUAACACUUGCACGAUUUCCUGUUAUACAGUAUUGUUGUAGAUUGCUUCUUUUAGCAAUAAAGGAAAACUUUUCUUUACCCGGUGGUGUUGGAGAUUUGGCGAUAGGACAUGCAUUAGUUUUAAUGCAAAUUGACUGGCCACAAGAAGCUAGUACUUUAUCUAUGAUUACAGAAAGGAUUAUUAAUCGUGGAUCUUUUUCUUAUCCAUUAUUUCAGGCUUAUAUUAUAUGUGUAGAUAUUUUAGAAGAAUUAACGUAUCUAUGGACGGAACAUGGAGGUGGUGUAUCUUUAGAUAUUGCUACAGGAUCAGGGGUUCUACAAAAUCGACGUAUUACAACUCGUGGAGCAGAUAAAGGUGUGCGCGAAGAAGUAAAACAAGCAAUGCGUCGACAAGCAGCACGAGACGGUAUCGAUCCAUUAGAUGAAUUGUUACAAAAAUUUAUUAUCAAUGAAAAAGUAGCCAUACUACACAGUUUAAUUAUUCAAUAAAUCAUUUUAUCAAAUCUUGUCAAUAACAAAUUUAAUACAUAAUUUUAGUAAAAUUAUUGUAU